ACAUAUCUCCCCAGUGGACAAACGACCUAUGACGACUUAAGAGUUCUGUCUGAAAUUUGCACUUUGCUUGUUUAGAAUUUGGUAUUUAUGUUUGAGUAUUUCCUAGGCAUGCGCUGAUAAGGCUUAUCACUUUAAUCAUCGCUCUAGAUAGGAGAGGGGCCGUUCACAUCAUGCCAUCAGGAAUAAUUGGGUGGAAAUCCAAGAUGGAUGUGUAAUGUUUCUCACUGAACAACUUUUCUGCUGUGAUAAACAUGAGCCCAUUAAAUGGUUCCACCCUAAUUUAUUCAUUGAAGUGACUGAUUUAGAGCCAAGCACCUUGCAAUGGGCGUAAAGGACUCAAAACCUUGUUGUAUUACGUACGAAGAUGCUGUCCGGAGAGUGAGUGAGUCAGAAUUAAAGCGUAUCAGAGAAGCAUUUAAACGUGUUUCCAAUGUCAGUGGCUUCAUUUCCAAGUCAUCCUUUCUUAAGGAAGUUCUUGGAGAAGGUGUUCCACGAAAUAUUGCAGAACACAUCUUUUCAGCAUCUGGGGGCACACAGAAAGGCAUUGCAUUCAAAGAACUUCUGUGCGGUUUGGUUCUCCUAACCCGGGGAAAAGAAGAGGAAAAGAUUAAAUUUCUGUUUAACUUGUACUCCAAUGAUCCUGGAACUUAUGUUUUACGAGAGGAUAUUGAAAGGCUACUUGCAGCAUGUGAAAAUGGCAGGAAGCCCCUGGAGCUUUCUCAUCUUUUUCAAGAUCGAGAUAGAGCCACUUGGGAGGAGUUUCGUGACUGGGUUCUAUCAAAUUCUAACGCCACAUCCCUCAGUAGGUGGCUGCUCUCUGAACCUUGUUCUGUCUCUCUCAGUAACGAACAUGAAACUCCAACAUUUUAUCAAACCCUUGCUGGGGUUACACAUUUGGAAGAAAAGGACAUUAUUGAAUUGGAAAAGCGAUAUUGGGUCCUGAAAGGACAGUCUAGCACUGGUCGGCUCGAUCUUGAAACUCUGGGGCCAUUACUAAGCCCACCUGUCCCACUGUCAGUCUGCUCUGGCGUUUUUGGAGCCUUUGAUGAGAAUAGAGAUCAACAUAUUGAUUUUAAAGAGAUGGCUUGUGGAAUAUCUGCUGCCUGCCGAGGCCCUACAACUGAACGGCAAAAAUUUUGCUUCAAAGUAUUUGAUAGUGAUAGAGAUGGUAUUUUGUCACCUGAAGAGUUAAAGCAUAUGGUGGAUGUUUUGUUGUUUGUUCGACAAGAAAGUAGAUCCAAAGAUGACACUAGUUUUAAUGACGAGUCAAGCAAUCCUGAGACAAUUAUCUCAGAUAUUAAAAAAUAUGCCAGUAAUGAGGGUCUCACUUUAGAAGAAUAUCUGAUAUGGACAGUUGACAACAAUCUCUCAUCGCACUUUCUAAACCUGCUCUUUCAAGUUUGUCAUGUAGUUCUUGGUCUAAGGCCGCAAUCUAGACAAGAGGAAGGAUCUAUUGUAAAUGGAUGGCUUGAAAGGGAGGAGAAGCGUGGAUAUAUUGUUGGUCAAUUCUGGUAUUUAGUGGCAAUGGAUUGGUGGAAAGCAUGGAAUGAAUAUGUUUCCAUGCCGUACCCAGCCAUUACUCAAACUAGUGUGCUUGAAUAUUCCCUUGGUGUGGAUGCUGCUACUCCAGCUGGAAGUUUAGAGCUACAGACACCCUCUCUCACCAGUAGCAAUGGUAGUGGAACAAGUGGCAUCAGCAGUAUUGGUGCUCCUAUUAGAACAAAAUUAACAGAAUCUACAAAUUCACUUACUCAUUUGACACUGGACUGCCCCAGUAUCACUUCUAGUCCAACUCACUCACCAAGGCCUAACAGACGAUAUGUAGUGGGACAGAGAAUGCCCCAAAAACCUGGAGCCAUAGAUAAUUUAGGGCUAGUGGCAACUCCCAUGCAAAGAGUACUGUCACUUACUGGAGAGGGUGGAAAACUGAAAAAAAAUCUUAUACUCCGAAGAUGGCAAGAUUUUGAACUUGUACCUGAUUCAUUGUGGAAAGCACUUCAUCAAUGGUAUGGUGGUGCCCCUGCCCUGCCAAGACAAGUCAUUAAGCCCCAAAAUAGCUCUCAGGUUGAGUUAGAGCUUUAUCCAUUAACAAUACGUCUUUUGAGACACCAAAAUCAACCUUCUCGUCCAGGACCUCAAACCACCUGGACUGGUAUGGUUGGGGGGUAUGGUGCAGCUGCUCUCAGUACUACAGGCUAUGCAUAUGUUUCAAACCUUACUCAACCCAAGCGUUACCUUGCUCACAGUGCUACAUUUAGUCGAAUGGCAACUGUGAAGGAAGUGUAUGACUUUCUAAGUCAGAGACUUAGGAUACGCCCAGAAGAUAUGAGGCUUUGGCAUUUUAAGGAUGAGAGUAACAUGAUCGUUCUGGAAGAUGAGGAGGCAUCAUUAGAAGAUCUUCGUAUUGUGGAUGAAGAUCAGCUGCUGAUUGAAGUUCGCAAUAAAGACCUCACUUGGCCUGAAGAAAUGGGAGGACUUCAGGACAGAAGACGGUCAUCUUCAGGUAGAAAUCACAUCAUUCCUGCGGAGAAAGGAGCAACAGGCCUCAAUAAUCUUGGAAACACUUGCUUUAUGAAUGCAGCUCUUCAGUGUGUCAGUAACACUCGAUCACUCACUCAGUAUUUUACUGGAAACAUGCAUCUUUAUGAGCUUAACAGAACAAAUCCAUUAGGUAUGAAAGGUCAUAUUGCAAAGAGAUACGGGGACUUGAUUCAAGAUAUUUGGAGCGGCUCAGCUAAAACCAUCGCUCCCCUCAAACUUAGAUGGACCAUUGGAAAGUAUGCCCCAAGGUUUAAUGGAGAUCAGCAGCAUGAUUCACAAGAACUCCUUGCAUUUCUUUUAGAUGGCUUGCAUGAAGACUUGAACCGUGUUCAUGACAAGCCAUAUACAGAACUUAAAGACAGUGAUGGACGCUCAGAUGUUACUGUUGCUCAAGAGGCCUGGGAAAAUCACAUUUUGCGUAAUAAAUCUAUAAUAGUUGACUUAUUUCAUGGUCAACUUAAGUCAAAGGUGAUAUGCAAGGUGUGCUCUCAUGAAAGUGUUAGGUUUGAUCCUUUCAACUAUCUAUCAUUACCACUUCCCAUGGAGUCUUAUGUGUACAUUCAAGUAAUAGUUAUACGUCUUGAUGGCUCGGUUCCUGUUAAGUAUGGACUCAGACUUAAUAUGGAUGGAAAGUAUGCUCAACUCAAAUUACAACUAGCUCAGUUAUGUGAUGUUUCAUCUCACCUUCUGUGCUUGGCUGAAGUAAACCAAGCUCAAAUUAAGAAUGUACCAUCUGAUGAUCAAAAAAUUAAGACACCUGUGGCAGGCUCCCUCUAUGCAUAUGAACUUCCUGCCUCAGAAAAUUCUAGCAGCUUUGAUGAUGAACGCUCAUCAUUAUGCUCAACACGCUCUCAAAGGGAAGGGCAAACUCUUGUGGCAAUUCAGCGUACUGUAACUCCACGUUCUGUUCCCUCAGGUGGUGCAAGUGUUUUGAAUGGCCACGCUAAUGAAGAAACGGCGAGCGUGUGGUCGGGCUCCGGUAGUCGGCCCGCCCCCCGCCCGGCCGGUGAGGUAAGACUCUGGCCAACGACUUUCUGCAUGCCUGCACUCUUGUGCUUUAAGAGCCCGUCUUCACCUCCAAGGGAUAAAGAAUCUAAAGACAGCCCAGAUGCUGAAUCUGAAGACUCUGGUUUGCCCACAUCCACUGCAAGUUUACCACUGGCACCAUGCAGUAGCCAAGGAUCUGCAAGCAGUGGUAGCUUGUGCGAUAUGGAUGUUGGAUUACCCUCUCAUACUGGUUACAUUGUUGCAGUACAUCGGAAAAUGAUCCGACAAGAUGUAUACUUCAUGUCAUCACAGAAGACAAAACCAAGUCUCUUUGGGCUACCUAUUGUUGUACCAUGUUCAGAAAAUACUACUCAUCAGGAUUUGUAUCAGUCAGUCUGGGUUCAAGUAGCCAGAUUAGUGUCCCCUCUUCCACCAACUGACCCUGCAGUUUCCAAUCAUGCUCAGGAUUGUGAUGACAGCUUAGGCUAUGAAUUUCCUUUCAUCUUAAAAGCUGUCAAUUCAACAGGAGUGCAGUGCGCCUGGUGUCAAUGGUAUAUUUUCUGUCGGGGCUGCAGAAUACAAUGCAACGACACUGAAUUUAAAAUGAGUAGUAGCUACCUUGCUGUUGAUUGGGAUCCCACAGCUCUUCACCUGCGCUAUCAAACGUCACAAGAACGGGUCUUUAAGGAGCAUCCGUCAGUUGCCCAAACACGACAACAGCAAUCAAGCCCGAUUGAAUUAGAUUCUUGCCUUGAGGCUUUCACCAAAGAAGAGCAUCUUGCUGAUGAUGAAAAAUAUUAUUGCUCAAAGUGCCGCGACCAUCAACUUGCAAGUAAAAAGCUUCAGAUCUGGAGGUUGCCUCCUAUUUUGAUUGUUCAUCUUAAACGCUUUCAAUUCGUUGGUGGAAAAUGGGUUAAAUCACAGAAAGUAGUAAAUUUCCCAUAUGAUCAUUUCAACCCGACUUCAUACCUUGCUGCCGUUCCUAAGCAAACUGUCAUAAGACAUCAUCAGUUGAAAACUGAGAACUGUCAAAAUGAAGGCUCUCACCAUGAUCUAAACAUUGCUGAGGAAGGGGACUGUGGACGAGUAUCUACUCCUCUUAACAAUUUGAAUGAUGGUUCACGAAAACACUCCGCUUAUCGCAAAUCUUCCAAGGCAGACACCAUAUGGGAAGGCGAAAAUGAACGGGGAGACAUGGCUAAUGGAGAUCUUGGCGCAAGCAAAGAUGUUCUCAGGCCAACCGAGACAAUUAAGGUUGGCAGGGAGCGUCUUGUUUCAACAUCUUUAACUCAGUCACCUGUCGUUGAUUCAGCCUUGCAAGACUUCCAUCAACACCGUCUAUUACCUGGGGUAGACCCAUUUGAUUUGAAAUACCGUCUUUAUGCUGUUGUUUGCCACUCUGGAAUUUUAGGUGGUGGUCAUUAUGUAUCAUAUGCGUGCAAUCCAAAUGGCAAGUGGUAUUGUUAUAAUGACAGCAGUUGUAGGGAAGUCACUACCAAUCAAAUGGACACAAGUUCAGCAUAUAUGUUGUUUUAUGAAAGAGAAGGCCUCUGCCAGGAUCAGUAUAUGCCUAAUGUUGUUGGAAAAGUCCCUGAUAGAGCAGAUUUGGAUGAUGAUCUUGACUCAGAUUUGAAACGUUGCUGUCUCAUGUGAACGCUGCUGCAUGUUUCUUGAUUUUAAGUUAGGCUUCACAACAAGGCUUGGCCAUGUAUCACUCUACCUGCCAUAAGUGCAAAUGCUCUUCUUGCACCAUCAUUGAUAUUGAACUUCCAACCGUAAUGACUAGAUUUGAUUACAAUUGGUUAUGGAUUUCAAAGAAGUUAUAUAUUUUGUAUAUUUAUUAUAUUUAUAGCUAAAAUUGUUGUGCUUUAACUAAAUUAGGAUGGGACAGCUCAUAUUUGCUUGAAUAUUGGAUGUCUUGUGAUACCUCGUAAGCUAUUAUUUAUUUUCAUGAAGGAAGCAUUCCCUGUUGUAGUUGUUUCCCUAAACUGCUGUUGUGUAUAAAGCUGCAAAUAGUAUCACAGCAUCUAAAUGUAUAAGGUUUUAUGUAAACUGAACAAUUUAGGGGACUUAAGGAGUAAAUAUUUAGCUAACGGUCAAACUCCCAUUGUGAUAUUUAAAUGUAAAUUAGAACUACCUGUUUGGGCUAUGUGCAAAGCAGACCCAAAUUCUUACAAUGGAAGGGGAAGUGAUAAGAGAGUGGAAGUGUGUGUUGAAUCAUGUAGCUCUUAUUUCAAAGAAAUGCUUUCUUGUCAAGCAAUAAUUUUUGUUUAAAAUCCUGCUAUGGUUAUUUUGAAUUUAAACAUAAUUUCAAGAGACUUAUCAGCGGGUUCUAAGGUGUUGUUUGUUUCUUUCUCUCAUGCAUCCCAAGUCAUAGCAAAUGAGCUUUAUGUGAUAGAUUGGAUUUGUUACAAUUUAAUGUAAAGUAAAUCAACCUUUAGUCUCACUUUUUAAAUUGUGCCAUAUUGAAAUAGCAUGAGUGAGAAUUUAUCUUGAGCUGGUGGAAUAUUGUGUAAAACAGGGUGCAUCAUCAUUGCAUUUGUAGCCCGAACAUUCCUGUGUCACUAUGACUACAAAUAACCUUAUGGCUCUCCCAGUUUUAAUACUUGCAGUUGUUAUAGAAAGCAGGAGUUAGUCAUCUUUCAGCCGUUAUAACUCUGCCUUGAAUCGUUAAAUUUUAAAACUAUUGUUGGUUUAUGUGUAAUAAUACAUGAAGAAGCUUGAUUCAAGAGAUAUCUUGUUUUAUUCUUGUUAUGAAUUGUUGAUAUAUUUUAUGCAGUAUUUUAGGCACUUCCUCUGGAAACCCUGUUUGAUUUUACUAUGUUUAUUAUUUUAAGUAUAGUUUUUGUGCUGAUUAUGUUUAUUUAAAAGUCAUAAGCCAGGCAUUGCUGAAAAUUUCCAAAUAAAUUUAUUUCUAUUGAAGUAUUGUAAAACUGUCUUCAAAAUGACUCUAGUCUAUUUGUGUUCAAAUCAGUUAUAUUGAGUCUUAAAAAUUGUAUUAGGGUAUUCUACAUUGAAUUCACUGGGAAUAUUUUAGUGUGCCAUGCUUACUUGCCUCAUAAGGAAAAAUCAUUAUUGAUUAACUGUCUGGUUCCUCUGUUUGAUUGCAUAUCUCUAUUCUCACCAACUAUCUUUCAGUUGUUGAGUCAUGACAUGUGUAUGCUCACUAUAAUCAGGGCUGGUGUAGCUGAGGUCCAAGCACUGAUAUUUUAAUAUGUGAUACUUUUAAGUUUAUUCAAUAAGCUUUUUGUGUAUGAAUCAUCAUUCUUGUAGUACAUAGCUUGAUUGGUUCCUCCUGCUUUUGAGCCUGGACCUAACAAGCCUAUUCCUCAGCACCGAGAAAACAACUUUAGAGAAGAGACCCCAAUUAUACCUAAAAAUAGAUAAAAUUGUACAUAGGUUGAUUUAUAACUGCUUUGGAAGUGUCUUUCAGACUCACACUUGCAAGCAAUUCAUAUGUAUGUCUGUUCUGUCUUUGUUAUCUUGUGGUUAAGUAUAUCCUUGAUAUUCCUAGCAAAUAACCUUGAUUUUUUUCUGGUCCAUCCCAUAUAUAUCCAAUAUUUUUCUUUUAUGUAGUUGUAUUCAGAGGAUUUUUAUCUUUUCUAAAAUUUAUUUUGCAUUCGGCAGAUGAUUUAGAGCUCACCACAAUGCAUGUAUACCGAACUCUUCUCUUGUGUGUUCUGAACGCUUCAUUUGCUUAAGUGAAUCUGAACAGCAUCAAUCUGCAGUAAUCAAAUGUUUAUAUGAUUGAUCUACAAUACGCCAUUUUAUAACAGAGGCAAGGUAUGGCUGCACACUCAUAAUUUGGUUGUAAUUGAUGCAUUUCAAUGUAGUCUUCAGAUAAAGUUUAGACUUAUGGUAUGUCAUCUCAUUCCAUUGCAAUUGUGUGUUUUUAAAGGGUUCAAUUUGUUAUUGCAAUUGGAUAUAAUGCAAAACAAGUAAAAAAAGACAAUGUAUGAUCGUUUUAUUAGUGCAUCCAACCAUUAUGACUGUUGGUUUGUACCUUAAUGUUAUCACUCUAUGGAAAAAAUUAUAUGUGUUACACCAAAUAA